AGACCUCAUCGACAAACUACGACGCCAACUCGCUGCAUCGUCACCAUCAGCGAUCCAUCAAUAUGGUAAGCUUUUGAUAUUAUUACGUUCCUUACAAAGUGAAAUACUCGCCACCGCUCUCCUACCUCUACGAGCAAUCGCACGUCGAGAUGCGUUUUCCGUUAAUCACCUUCGGGUGUUGAUGAAGACUGGCUUGAGCUACAACUGCGCAGAAAUGCCAGUGUAGUCUCUUUAGAGUUCAAAGAAGAUUAUUAGUGAACAUAUUCGCUGAUGGUUUCUUUUCUCAAUGAUAGCCUCCCAAAGCCGGAAAGAAGGCUGCUCCAGCCCCAUUCCCCCAGUCCAAGGCUGGUGCAGGAUCGAAGAAGGCCCCAAAGGUAAGCACAUCCCUAUCAAACAACCAUUGAGUCUAUGCUGACAAUAUUAGAACCCUCUCAUCGAGAAGCGAACCCGUAACUAUGGCAUCGGUCAAGACAUCCAACCAAGACGAAAUCUCUCCCGUAUGGUGAAGUGGCCCGAGUAUGUCCGUCUCCAACGACAAAAAAAGAUUCUCAACCUUCGCCUGAAGGUCCCACCUGCGAUCGCCCAAUUCCAGAACGUCCUCGACCGAAACACCGCUGCUCAAGCUUUCAAGCUCCUCGACAAGUACCGACCAGAGAGCAAGACCGAGAAGAAGGAGCGUCUGUUGAAGGAGGCUACCGCCAUCAAGGAGGGCAAGAAGAAGGAGGAUGUCAGCAAGAAGCCAUACGCCGCCAAGUAUGGUCUCAACCACGUUGUCGGACUCAUUGAGAACAAGAAGGCCGCUUUGGUUCUCAUCCCCAACGAUGUUGACCCAAUUGAGUUGGUUAUCUUCCUCCCAGCUCUCUGCCGAAAGAUGGGUGUCCCCUACGCCAUCAUCAAGGGUAAGGCCAGACUCGGCACGGUAGUCCACAAGAAGACCGCUGCUGUUCUUGCUUUGACCGAUGUCCGAUCCGAGGACAAGACUGAGCUGUCAAAGCUGGUCCAGGCCAUCAAGGAGGGCUACGCUGAGAAGUAUGAGGAAGCCAAGAGACACUGGGGUGGUGGUAUCAUGGGUGCAAAGGCUGUUGCUCGUACCGAGAAGAAGCGCAAGGCUCUUGAAAGUGCUAUCAAGAUCUAGAUGUUUUCUGGACUGGUUCGUGGCGUUUUUCAUGAUAUUAUGGCUGGGCAUGGAUCGUAGCUAGGCAUGACACGAAAAUUCCAGCUGGAUGAUACCAUAUGUGUUGUGCUUCCAUUCCUGUGACUUCACAUAUUGUUUUUGACCAGAUGCGCUUGCGAGUGCUUGUCCUUGCGAGUGCUUGCGCUUGUGUAGGCCGGGAGCCUUGGUGACUGAGUAGUGAUACAAGUCUAAGGUCUUGGUACAGA